AUGAACCCGGACGACGGGUCCGAGGCGGGCAGCAUUGCCGAGCCGUUGCCGCAGGAGCAAAUCACGAUGCUACUCAAUGUGCAGGACUUCCAGGAGAAGGUUGCACAAGACCUGGCAAACCUGUGCUGUGUGAUGGUGACGAGCACUCUAUGCCGUCAUUGCGGCAUUCGCCGCAUCCCGUACCCGAAGGCGGCUCGCCCAAACGACAAGACCAGCAGCAAUCAAGGCGGCGAAAGCGACGACGAGGACGCUGACGCUGACGGCGAUGACGGUUACGGCGACGAGGAGGACUCACAGGCCGACGGUGGCGCAGGGCACAGCGCCCGGGCUGGUCACUUCUACCGCGAUAUCGAGGAGCACCUCGUUCACAAUAGCGACACAGCGGCACAGCGGCGGCACACGCGCUUCUUUCACGUCUGCGCGUGCAUGGAGGAGGAAACGUGCGUCGACUUUUUGGUCGCUGCGGACCCUGCGUACAGCUUGCUCAACAAGCAGCCCACCGCACACGAGCUUGCGCUUCUGCAUAAGAAGGCUCACCACCAGCUAAAGGAGCUCCUGAACUUGCUAGAGGUGCGUAGCACGCCGUCAAUGCGCUUCUACCUUACUGGGCAGCCACUGCGGUACUCGGCGAUGCUGUCGAACUACAAUGACGCUGCCGCGCCGAAGGAUGUGACCGCGGAAACGGAUGUUCUGCAGGUGUCAGGGGCGAACUGGAUCAAAUGGUUCCAGGUGCUGCAAAACGCGGUGGUGGUGCGCAACGAAGUGAUGCGGUCGUACGACACAGAGGAGCGGGAGAAGGCGCGGGCUGCGCGUGCGGAGGCGCGCCGGGAGGCCCGUCGUCAGCGUAAGAAGCAGGCAGCCGCGGACGAGGAGGAGGACGAGGAGGGCGAAGAGGACGGCUAA